GAGGUGUUAACAGUAUUGGUCAUCUUCUACUCAUCAUCCUCUGUGGAAUCAACCAAUCAUGCGGUCCACUCAGAUCCUUCUCCUGCUGUGCAUCCUGGGAGCAGCCCUGUGCUCCGCUGCGUUGACCAACAAUGGAAAUAAUCCUGAUGAUUGCUGUUUCCAGUAUUACCAAAGAAGAAUCCCCAAACAAUUAAUUGUCGCUUAUGAAAUGACCAGAUCUGACUGCACUCAUAAGGGGGUCAUCUUGAUCACGAAAAAAAACUACCCCAUUUGUGCCAAUCCAGAUGAGCCUGUGAUUGACAGGAUCAUGAAGGCCAUCGAUGAGAGUAAAUUCAAGUAACCACUUCCCUGGAAGAAGGCUAAAAUCUGAACAUGCAUAAACUCUGGCUCCUACUUCAUUGUCAGGUCUGCUUAGAGUAACUGUUUUACUUCGACAUGUAGUGACAAAAAGUUUUAAAUGAUAUGCUAGCAAUCAUGAUAAUCAUUAAGUAGAUGCAUAACAUGUAUUGUUAUGAACAUGAAAUAGGUUGUAUCACUCAACAAAAGGACUUGCCAAGAAAAACUUCUAAAAGGACUAAUUCGAGGCAGAGAACAGUUGGAGCACUUAUUUAGUCCAUUGUUCAGGAUGAGUACAGGUGACUGACGUUUUGACAUCAAACCGAUGUCUUCCUCAGAGUGACCUGACAAUUGCACUUAGCUCCUAUUUAUAGCCUAGUGGCCUUCUGAGACACAACAAUGUAAAAAUUCAAAUAUCAUGAUUCAAGGUAAAUGAUAUUACGUAUUUUAUACAGUAUUAGUUAAUGUUAUCUUAUGAGCUGCAUAGGAGUUGGAGGAUGAGGAUGUUCCAUGUAUUUAUUUCUGUCAAUGGUGGGUGCCAGAAGGUAUGCGGGCCAAGGAGGUCUAGGGGGCCCAAUUGUGUUAAUCUUAGAAUGAGUACGUGAUGGAAUAUCCUUAUUAGGGUGCAAGCUGACUGGGUUGCAAGAUGAUACUAUUGUUGUUGGGAGUGACACUCAAUAAUGGUUGGCAACUCUUGGAUAGAAUUAGCUUGCAAACAAGUAUAUAAGCUAAGAGAUUUCCUUUGUUCAGGGAGUUCAGAUAGCAAUGGGCCACUCCAGGGCCGUUUGCUAUGUGAACCCGGUACCGCAAUAUUAAAUACUUUGAACCAACUCUCCAUCUAAGUGUUUAACUAUUCUCUUGCAUACUGAAUUACUUGAUGCCAGAGAAACUCGUCAUAACAGUAAAUAAAUGGCAAUUUAGCACAAUAAUAAUAAGAAGAAGACAAAUCAGGUGUCUAGUUGAUCAAUAGGCCAUGUUAAAAUAAAGUACAUACAUAGGUGAUAUUUAAGUGUCUGUGAAAGGCUGACACAGAGACCCUAACCCUAACCUUGAACUACAUGUUAUUUUUAUCUGUACAUUGUUGUGUCUCAGUAGGCCACUAGGCUAUAAAUAGGAACUAAGUGCAAUUGUUAGGUCACUCUGAGGAAGACCUUUUGGAAGUUUUUCAUGGUACCCCUUUUGUUGGAUUUUCGUCAUUGAACUCUCAUCUAUACAUUGUAUCGCUUUUUUUUAUAAGCUUUGCCUUUUUCUUCUCUCACAAACAUUUUGCAUGUAUGAACAAUACUGACCCAACAGGCCAUCUCUAUUGUCUGAUCUUAAUCAAUCUUA